AAAUUGCAACAUCUCACAUUUUUGGUACAAUAACUAGUGGAUUGAACAGACUGUAAUUUUCUUAUUUUCUCAAGGCUAGUUAAUUUUUCAGCACAAAGAAUGAAUUUACUGAUGAGUUUCCUCUCAUCUUUUGCAUGCUUAUUGCUUUUUAUUAAUUUUGUCGAUUUACACCAGAUCAACAACAGUUCCGAAUAUUCCUACAUUUAUCGAUCUGGCCGAAAGAUCCGAAGUGUAGUCCCACUCGACUGUCAGCUUGGUCAGUGGGCUGCGUGGACUGAGUGUUCUCCCUGUGAAACAACAAAGUUCAGAUUUAGGAAUCUGCAGAGGCCGACCAUAUUUGGUGGUAGCCCAUGUAUUGGAUCCCUUUGGGAAGAAGUUAUCUGCCAAACGUCUGAAGAAUGUGUACCAACAAAUACCUGUGGUGAUCGAUUUCAAUGCAGUUUAGGUCGGUGCAUUAAAAGACGUUUACUAUGCAAUGGUGAGAGAGAUUGUGAAGAUAGUUCUGAUGAAGAAACCUGUGAGCUUGGUGGUCCAAAUGAGAUACAAACUUUCUGCAGUGAUUUGUUUCCAAUUCCCAGUAUACAAACAUUAAUGAACAGUUAUAACAUCUUAACAAAUGAGAUUGGAAGAGGAGUUUUAGAUAAAGGAUAUAAUGGAUACUGUGAGUACGUGUACAAUGGGGAGUGGAGGGAGCUGCGGUAUGACAGUGAGUGUGAACAUCUCUACUAUAACGACGAUGAGAAAUACUUCCGUAAACCGUACAACUUAUUUCUAUAUCGGGUUGAGGCACUUGCUGAUUCUGGGUUUACAGUGGAGGUCUACAAUGAUGUCAACAAGUUAUUGUCAGCUAUGAAAACCGAUCUGUCUCUUUCAGUCCUAUAUAGUAGAAAAGUUGAAGAUAUUAAAUUUACGAUUGAGGGUGGAGUCAACGUAGGUUUUGCUCGCAAUCUGACCAGAUUUGUUGGGAAAGAUGUUACUUUUGUUCGUGUUCGAACUAAAGUUCAAACUGCUCACUUCAAAAUGAGGAGAUCUAAUUUAAUUUUGGAUGAAGACAUGGCUGAAUCCCUGAUGAAACUUCCAGAUGAGUACAAUUAUGGAAUGUAUUCCAAAUUUAUUGCGGAUUAUGGUACUCAUUACUACGCUUCAGGAAAAAUGGGAGGUGUUUUUGAGUUCAUCACGGUCCUGAAUAACAAUGUAUUGCGAAAGUCAGAUGUUACUGCAUUCCAAGUUGGAUUCUGCAUUGCAGGAUCAUUGGGAGUACUCAUGAACUUGGCAACUUUUAAGUCUGAGACAUGUAUAAAGAUAUCCCCUACUAUAGCACCCUCAAGCAGUUCACGAAGUUUUAUAGAGGAUGUCAUUCCACAUAUACUAGGAGGAGAUGCUAAAUCUGUUGAUGGAAUGCAAAAUCAAAAAAUACCAGAUGCCACAAUGUAUCGGAGAUGGGGCAAAUCCUUGAAAUACUCCCCAGUAAUCAUUGACUUUGAGGUCCUGCCUAUUUACGAGUUGGUGUCGAGAAGUAGUCUUCAAUCAGUUGACAUUAAACAACAGCAUUUAAAGAGAGCAGUGGAGGAGUACAUGUCCGAGUUUGAUAGCUGCAGAUGCCCUGCAUGUCAACACAAUGGAGAAACAUUUCUCCAUAACAACGAGUGCACCUGCAUUUGUGAGCCUGGUUAUGAAGGGAGAGCAUGUCAGGAAACAAAACGGACGGGGCCCACGAAUGGAGGAUGGGACUGCUGGUCUCGAUGGUCUUCAUGUACAGGUGGAUCAAGAAAAAGGACCCGGAACUGCAACCAUCCACCCCCAAAAGAUGGUGGUGCCAUGUGUCUUGGGAAGAACACGCAGAACCAGCACUGUUAAAAACACGCUAUCCCCACUACUUUUUCUGUCAGCAUUAUUUACUUUGAAAUGUUGACUAUUUUAAUGGGGUAGUAGUAUGAAACCCACACUGUGUUUCUUUUGGCUCCCUUAAAUGCAACAUAUUUCAUACUGUACCCACUAAUAUGAAUCAUUUAAACUGACAGAAUCUCCAUUUAUUAAAUAUUUGUGAAAAUUACAUGCAGUCAAUAAGCCUCUCCACAUCAAUGAUAUUAGUCCUUUCGCAAUGUUUGUCCGCCCAUUCAUUCAUCAACAUUUUGACAUUACAACAUCAUCACACAAUAAAUGAUAAUAUGAUUGCUGACCAUUGAUCCGCUAAUAUCUGUUACAUCUUCACCAAAAAUGAUUCAUAAAUUGGAAAAAAAUGAAGUUUCAAAUGAAAAUCCGUGAUAGGUAUUCCAGUAAAAAAAUAAAGACUUGCAACAUA